CAAAAUCUAAUAAUCAAUCAACUUAAAUUGUAAAUUUAUUGUUUAGAUUUUAAAUUUAUUUAUUCCAAAUUGAAAUCCACAUUAAAUCCGUUUUUUCCUGUGCACUCUGACAGAUUGCUGGAAACUUUUAUUGUUAUGUGCAGUCCAAUUGCAGCAUUCGGUGAAAGUGCACCGAGUUCCCAACGCAGCGCAUCCCAUUUACAUGCCAUUAAUAAUAAUAAAAUAUUCAUAAAAUUCAUUAGCCGCUCUCCGACCGAACACUUGCACUGUAAAGUAAACAAAUUGUGAUUGUUUUUCCCGAGCGAGAUUGCUUGAAAAGUGUAUUGUAUUGUAUUGUAUUGGAAAAAAAAAGUGCUCGUGGUCAAAAUCAAUGGCGCUGCCUUGAACGCCACCAACUAUCAGUACCAACUGGCGGAGCAGGGAACACCAGCUCCGGAUCUCCAGAUCGUGGACAUUCUGCUCGAAGAUCAGAACAUGGUCCGAGCCUGGGGCAGCAACCUGACGGCCAUUACCUGGGCCCAUGCCGUGAACAACCAACAGCUGCUGGACGAGGCCCUUUCAGCCGACAUUGAUUUCAUCGAGGCGGACAUAUCUCUGGGAAAACUGAAUGGGGAGGGCGAAGACCUGCCGGUGAUGGCCCAUCCCCCGGCCAACAUCUCCGAUCUCACACUGGCCGAGUUCCUCAAUCAAAUCAUGGACUUUAACCGGAAUCACCAGGGCCAAGAGAAGGGCAUCAAACUGGACUUUAAGUCCAUCGAAGUCUUCGAGGGCUCCCUGGAUAUUCUUGAUGCCAACAUUCCAAAUAUGACCUAUCCAAUUUGGAUAAACGCUGAUAUCCUGAGUGGACCCGUAGACCAGAAUAAAACUGUUCCGGUUGACCCGGAUCGGUUCUUCGCCGGCUGCAAUCGAUACAAGCAGGCGGUACUGUCCAUCGGCUGGACCACCAACUGGGGCGCCGACUUUCGGGAGGGAGAGUACACGGAGGAGCACUGCAAUGCCAUGCUCGAAACACUGACCCAGAACAAUGUGCUGUUUACCGGCCAAGGCAUCACCUUCCCGGUAAGGGCCGGAAUCGCCGCUAAUAGCGAGGAUCAACUACACAAGCUGGUGGCAUCGGUGAAUGGAACAAAUGAGAGCACCCUAACCGUCUGGUCGUCGGCCGGCGACUAUGUGGAUGUGGCCAAACUGCGGAAGCUGAUCCUGGGCUUUGGGGUGUCGCGGGUGUAUCUGGAUGUGCCGGAGGAACUGGCUGCUGAACUGGACUUGGGAAACACCCGAAACGGAGCAAGCACUUACAAAUCGUUGUUUGGUUUCGGAUUUGUCAGCCUGUGCUUCUGGGCUAUCUCCAGCUGGCUUCAGAGAUUCUAAAGUGACAGAUUUUUGAUAAAAUUUUCUACAACUUGUUGCCAGUUUUAGGGGUUUUUUUUUUUUAAAUUACACAACGUGUUGUUUUUAUUUUAAUUUUAAAUAAAUAUGAAAUGUGAAGUUUAUUAUUGAAUUCUUUUCAUUAUUUCCAAAAAAAAACUGUUAUUCAAAUAGCUUAGCUAUUUUUUCUAUUUUAACUUCAUUUUUUAACUUUUAAUCAUUUUCGUAACAAAGCUUCAUUAAAAUGUAACAUUAAUCUAGAGUUUUUGUAAAGAUAUGUUUAGGAAUUAGGAAUUAGAUGCUAGGCGUUUUGUAAUAAAAAUAUUCAACUGCAAUUUUAUAAAAACUCUGACAUCUUUCGAAUAAGCAUUUUUUAUUUAUUC